AUGAUCACAGGGCAGCUGAGCAAACCGUUGCUCCCCCUGCGUGCCGAUAUGGACGCCUGCGAGCUGCGGGAUGACGACAAAGCGGCCAGUCCGGACAGCGAGCUCAACGAGGAGCCCUUGCUGCUGUCAGCUGACACCGACUCGGAGGAGAAGAUGUAUGGUGGUCGAGUUGGUUCAGUUCAAUCUGAUGCCAGCAGCAGUCCCACAGAACAUGGUCAUAUGGGCCAGUCUCACCCCACGUACCCUGUAGGACCACAGUCUCUACUGGUUGCUCAGCAGCUGGCGUCGGCAGUUAGUGGAGUGAUGUCUGGCGGAGCUCCGGGUUUAAACCAGCCCAUUCUGAUUCCUUUUAAUGCUGGUGGGCAUCUGGGUGGGCAGCAGGGCCUGGUCCUCUCUCUGCCCACUGCUGCCAACAUACAGGGCUUGGUCGCAGCUGCUGCUGCUGGUGGUAUCAUGGCACUCCCCCUACAGAAUCUGCAAGCUACCUCAUCCCUAAACUCUCAGCUCCAGCAUCUCCAGCAGCUCCAACAGCUCCAGCAUCACCAGCAACAGCAUCAUCAUCAUCAGCAACAGCAGCAGCAGCAGCAACAGAGGGAACGUGAACGAGAGCGAGAACGAGAACGAGAGCAACGAGAACGAGAACGAGAACGAGAGCAGCGUGAAAGAGACCAACAACGAGAGCGAGAGCAGCACCAACAGCUCUGCGGCCCGACACAUCUCCAGCCCCCCAGCCAUCAUCAGCUGACUCCUCCAAUCCAAUCACAAGUGUCUGGACCUUCUCCAGGCCCCGUCCCCGCCUGUACCCCCUCCAAUCAUAGCUCAGCUCAGCCUCCCCAGUCUCCGCCUCCUCACAGGCAAAACCAGUCACCGGCUCGCAGCUUGCCAUCACCUGUCACACCACCUCUGCCACUUCAGGGGAACGCAUUUCAUCUACUCCGUCAGAGAGAGAGUGAAGGGGAGAAAAAAAGAGAGUGUUUGCCCUCAGAUAGGCUCAACCCUUUGGCCAGUCAGGCAGCGGUUGCAGCAGCAGCAGCGAUGGGUUCAAUUGCCGGGUCACAGGUGUUUGGUAAUGCUCUGUCCAGCCUGCAGGGUGUCACUGGACAACUGGUCACAAAUGCACAAGGACAGAUCAUUGGUACGAUCCCUCUGAUGCCCAACUCUGUAGGACCUUCCAGCCAAUCAGGGGGCGGGACUUCCUCCCUGCAGGUCCAGCCAAUCACUCCACAGCUGCUGACCAACGCACAGGGUCAGAUUAUAGCCACUGUGAUCGGCAACCAGAUCCUGCCAGUGAUCAACACCCAGGGAAUCACACUGUCACCCAUUAAACCUGGACAGCAGCUGUCGCAGACCGGCCAGACUCCACAGGCUCCUCCUGUGUCCCAGCCCAAUCUGCUCCGUAUGCCUCACAGCCAGAGUCCCCUCCGGCAAGCCUCUUCCUCCUCCUCAACAUCCUCAUCCUCGUCCUCGGCUCUCAGCGUUGGCCAGCUAGUCAGCAACCCCCAGACUGCCCCCAGUGAAGUGGAUGGUGUAAACCUGGAGGAGAUUCGAGAAUUUGCCAAAGCGUUUAAGAUUCGGCGUCUGUCUCUGGGUCUGACUCAAACUCAGGUGGGCCAGGCACUCAGUGCAACUGAAGGUCCAGCCUACAGCCAGUCUGCCAUCUGCAGACACACCAUCCUGAGAAGCCACUUUUUCCUACCACAGGAAGCCCAAGAGAACACUAUAGCUAGCAGUCUGACAGGCAAACUGAACCCUGGCCUUUUAUAUCCUGCCAGGUUCGAGAAGUUGGACAUCACCCCAAAAAGCGCCCAGAAGAUUAAGCCCGUGCUGGAGCGCUGGAUGGCAGAGGCGGAAGCCCGCCAUCGCUCCGGUAUGCAGAACCUGACCGAGUUUAUCGGCAGCGAGCCCUCCAAAAAGCGCAAACGCCGGACAUCUUUCACGCCGCAGGCCCUGGAAAUCCUCAACAGCCACUUCGAGAAGAAUACUCACCCUUCCGGUCAGGAGAUGACGGAAAUCGCUGAGAAACUGAACUAUGAUCGCGAGGUGGUGCGCGUCUGGUUCUGCAAUAAGAGGCAAGCUUUGAAAAACACUAUAAAGAGGCUCAAACAGCCUGAGGGACUUGGGCCGGUCGCACCGAUGGACCCUCUGGUUGAUAAUAUGGAGGAACACCCGUGAGCAUCCAAUGCGAUGGUGAAACUUCUGAUGUUGGGGACUUUAAAGAACUGGACGAUUGCUAUCCAAUGACCUGUCGAUUGGAUGAACUGUUGACAAAGGCUUAAAGAAUUAUUGUCAGUGUUAUCAUCACAAAAGCAAAAACCAAAAAAGUCAAGAAAAAAAAAACAGAGAGUUGUGUGAAGCAGUUUGUGGGAUCAUAUUUAAA